GACAGAACGACCAAUGACAUUUCUGGAUGUUGGAAUGCGAAACGGCUUCUGGGACAAUCCAGUUGCUACAGUAUCAUCGGGGCGCUGUACAGCUAGAACGGGAGAUGGAGGAUUUUGACGAUCCAGAGUUUGUCCCACCAAAUGAUGAGUUGACUCCAUGCAAAAUAUGUGGCCGAACCUUUUUCUCCAAAGUUCUUAAGAAGCAUACGACCAUCUGUCAGAAGGCAGCAGCCAAGAAGAGGAAGGUGUUUGAUUCUGGCAGGCAGAGGGCAGAGGGAACGGAAAUCUCGACUGUAAAACCUUUGAAGCCGAAGUCACAAAGUACAUCCAGCAAGUCUAAUAAACCGGAGCCGCCCAAGAAACAGUCCAACUGGCGCAGGAAGCAUGAAGACUUCAUCGCAACGAUUCGAGCAGCCAAGGGGCUCACUCAAGUGAUGAAGGAUGGAGGGCCCCUGCCCCCUCCACCUCCUCCAUCCUAUGAUCCAGAUUACAUUCAGUGCCCAUACUGUCAAAGAAGGUUCAACGAGUCCGCUGCGGACCGACACAUUAAGUUCUGUAAGGAGCAGGCGGCAAGGAUCACCAAUAAGGCAAAGCCUCCAGGAGGAGAUGCCAAAGGGAAACUUCCGGCUCGAAGCCAGUGCAAACCCCCUCCAGUGAAGAAGGCCAAUUCCACAGUGACGUCCACUUUGCCUGCCUCCUCACGGCUACCACAGCGGUCCAUGUCUGGUCCCACAGCAGGCACAGGCAUUCCUACAGGCAAAGCGUCUUCUGCUGGAGCAGUGAGGACAGUCGCAUCUGGGUAUGGGCAGAUUCGCACUGGACCUACGGGAAUGACCAGCCCGCCGUCUGGAAUUAGCCCGAAACCCAGGAGUGUUGGAACAGCGGGAUCUGUCAAGAAUGCAUCCCCUGGGAUUGCAAUGAAAAACAGAAGAGGCUAUAAUUCAGAUAUCAACAAUUCAAGGAAUGACGCCCAGACUGUGAAUGAGGUGGACAACUCCACAGGGCAGCUAACAAAGUUCUGCCACGAGUGUGGCACAAAGUACCCCGUGGAGUGUGCUAAGUUCUGCUGCGAGUGUGGGGUGAAACGAAUGUGCAUUUAGCUGUGAGAGACGACCAGAAUGGGAUGGGUGCACAUCGAAAGACUCAAGAUGCUGAAAUGAAUUACUUAAAAUACUGAAAACUCGAUUGUCCUAGCACAUGGCUCUCAUUCAGACACUAUGAAGCGCUAGACAGAUCACUCUUUUUCUGACAUUUUAACCUUCCCAUUUUUUGCUGAAUUGAAUUUCUUCCAUCCCAUGCUAAUGUAUUGAGUGCAAUAUGAUUGACUACUGAUCAAAAUAUUUUUGUCCAGGUUGGUGGGUGGACCUACAGUAGAUAUGAGAAAUUUUAGGUCUAAAUUUAAAAUACCGUUCAAAUGGGACCAUAAAUUAUAUUGAAUUGUAUGCCCUCAUGUAGCAAACGUCAGUUCUUUACGUAAGGGAUAUGACAACUGUUUGAAUUAAGAUGCGGUCAACUAAGUUAUUAUUUAUGAUAUUGUGUCGCAUUUAUAUUUUUAAACAUAUUGUGGAAGAUAAAUGAUUUCAUAUUCAGCUUA